AUGAGUAAUCCAUUUUUUCAACCGACAUACUUCCGCCAAUUUCACUUAGAUAUAUCGCAAUACAUGAUAGAUCAGUGUAUCAACGCAUUUUCGAUGCGAAGUAACUUAAAUAACGAUUUACUGAUGUAUGAUAUACAAGUUAUAAAGCAAUUCUUCACCGACCACCCAGAAAUCAACCAAAUGGAUGCUUUGUCACUAUUUUUCAACUUCAAAGAUGUGAUUUUAGCACCUAUGCAGAAUGAUAUUGUUCUAGCUAUACAAAAACUAUUUGCUAUAUCAGCAUUCUCAUUACAAUUGUUUAAAAUACCGGAUUUACAAGUUUAUGAAAUGAUUUAUCAGUGCUCUUAUGUAAUUGCAAACACUGUUCCUCAGUUUCCACAACUUUAUUCGAUUUCUUCUGCAGCAAUUGCAUUUUCGCUUUAUACCAUCGCAUCAAAGUAUCGAGAAAUUAGUUUAUUUGAUGAAUCAAGCAAAACUUUACGCAAUCUUUUGAUUUUAGCGACAAACUUUUGCUCGAAGAGCCCAUCAAUCGAUGCACAUGCGAUUUUCUAUUUCCAAAACUACUACUUAAAUGUUCUUUUUUCGUUUUCUCCUGAAUCAAUUUACGAUCAAUCGCGUCUUGACUUCUUUCUUCAAAUUUUACGAUUUUUACAAAUAUCUUCUACUUUAGAAGGUAAUGAGAACUUCAAUUACUACAAUCUACUUGAUCAUCUCCUUCAUUUCAUUUCAGAUUCAAAUUUAUCGAAUAAUACUAAGCUUCUUGUAUUCCAAACAGUUGCCGACAUAACAAACAAGAGUCCAAUGACACUACCAUUCUUAUUUGAUGAGAAAAAUAUUCAAAUUAUUAUUCAUUUCAUGUACGACAUCAUUGAUGGCUCAAUAUUACCAAUACUUACAGAAUUACCCAUACCAAAGAAGAUUACAUAUAAUUCAGGCGCUCCUCUUGAAGACAAUACCAUAAUUACAGAACAAACUUUUAAUCAAAUGGUACCUGUUGGUUCUAUCAACGAAAAGACAUUCAUUGGUAAAUCACCACCAGUACCAAGUCUCUACCAGAAGUAUACUUUGGAUAAAGAACCAGAUUUAUUAUUAAAAAUUAUUAGAAGGCUUUGUUCAACACCUACACAAGAGCAUCCAUCAUAUGUACACAUGAAAUUGAUGAAACCACUCAUGAAAGGCAAAAAAUCCGCAAGAGUUGCUUAUUUCUGUGGAGUAUGGAGCGCAUUCUUUUAUUCCAGGGAUUUACCAAUUGCCGUCACUGCUUUAUAUGAAGGAGACUUCUUUACAUACAUGCUGAAGACUUCUUUCUUGGAUUGUCCCACAAAAGAAAUGCAAGCUUUCACAUACGCACUUUUCCCAUUCAUUUUAUCCAAAGGACCACGAGAUCCGAUCUUUGUAUGUGAUCUAUUUAAUUUCUUCUUCACAGAUCUCGUAGAAUUACGUAAUACUCCGUUCAUUUUGAAUGCGAUGUUGUUUACUUGCUUUAUUUCAGUUCCUUUAGCUGCCAAAGCUAUGAAAAUGAUAUCAUAUGACCAUACAUUAGCAGGAGCAUUGCUACAAUUGCGUUUAAUGCACUUAUCAAAUUUGGAUCAAGAAAUUCUUCCAAUAAUUGAAGAAGCCCGUCUAUCAUUGUUUGCUUUCAUCGAUACUGUUAACAAAUACAAUGAUUUCAAGUACAUUUUCUUCAAUAGUUCCGUGUUUAUUCAUGCAUUAACGCAAAUGAUCUUCGAACCGAACGUUUCAUCAUGGGCACUCACUCAAACAUUGAAUGUAUUGGUCAGUCUCGUCGCUUCCCAAAGAAAUCUUAACAGUUUGUUCAAAUUCUUUGAAACUGAAUUUGCAAACUCGACAAAGAAAGGCGGCAUCUACAUAGAAAUGGGCCACGCUUUAUUACAAAUGAUUUCCCAGGCCGUACCUCUCAACGCAAGUCAAUUAGCCAUAGCUUUCUUGAAUCAUGGUUUUAUUGAUGUACUUGCAAAGUUCGUUUACGACACUAAAGACCAGAAAAACAUGCUCUGCCUUCUAGAGAUCUUCAGAGUCUUCUCAACGGUCAAAGGAGAGAUGAAAGCCUACAUUGCAGAGUCAGAUUUGUUCACAAAGCUUUCUCCGGUCUUCGAAUUGUUCUUCCAAGACAAGCUUAACUUAGAUCUCCUCGAAAGGCUCUGGGAUAUCGUGUUCGGAGAGAAGAAACUGCCAAAAGUUCCUUAUCCGAUUAUGAAUGGCAUGCCAUUACCAUUAAUCUUCACUUUACUGCUGAAAUACCCAGAUACUUUGGUCUGGUUCAUGCAAUACGUGAAGCAAUGCUGCGAAUUGGACGAAGCUUCUGUAAGAGAAGUAAAUAUGUCUGAUUUAAUGAACCAUUUGCUCAAAUACAUAUCAUCGUAUAGGACAAAACGCGAGUUAGGACAAGGAUUCGAUGCAGCAAAUGAGCUUUUCAAUAUAUUGGCCGGCCAUUCGAUGAAAGGAAAAGAUUUGAAAUUAUUAUUCCAAAAUUUCACUUCACUUCCUGGCAAUUUCCGACCAUUCUACUCAUUUGAGAUGCUCAGAUCCCUUUACUCCAUAUUCCAGAACCCAUACGACGCUCCUGUCUCUAUAUUUAGAUUCAGAAGUGGAAACGAUUGUUUACAAACUCUCAAAUCCGAACAUUUGAAAAUUUCUGAGAUGACACUUUUCUGUGAUUUGAAUUUCACAGGUCCACAAGCAACACCAGGCGAUAUAUUGUAUUUCAGGACAGGAGAUGAUAACCAUGUCAGAGUUAUUUACUUCAAUCAGCGACUUUUCUUUGAAAUUAAACAAGGAAAGAACGUUUUGAACGGAGAAUUCAAGUUCCAGUUCCAAGAAAACAUUUGGACGAAAGUUGCCAUCAUAUUCGAGAAAAAGAUUGUCAGGUUGUUCGUUCAUGGAAAAGAACAAGCAACAUUUCAAUCCCCUCAAAUUCAAUUGAAAGGUGAAAUUGUAAACGGCACAAUUUGUAGGAACUUGAAUUGUAUGUUAGGAUCCUUUAUUUUCUUUGAUUCCGCAUUAUCACGUGACCAAAUCCUUUUGUUAAGUGAUUUCCCAAGAGACAUGACAACAUCAUUUACUCAAAGUGAAGAAAAAAUCUUUUCAUCUCACUUUUCGAAAUUAUUCAAUUUCCCGAAAGAUCCUUUAUAUCUCUUUGACGCGAGUGUAUCUUACAAAGACAGGAUCAUCAACUUAUCUCAAAGAGCUCCUUUGAUGUUGGAUAUUUCCGGCCAAUCAUUCGGUUCUUCACAUAAAGUUAAAAGAACAUUGUAUCAAAUUGGCGGAAUGAUCUCUUUGUUACCUUUAUUUGCACAGAUUGACCAACCUUUCCAGCCUCCUGAAGGAAAACCUCCUGAAUACACAAUAGAUUCUUCUUAUUUACCAUUCCUUUUGCAAAUUCUUUCGAUUUCUUUGAGAGAAAAUUACAGAAACCAAAUUGAAUUCGAACGAAACAAUGGUUUCUACAUUUUAUCUUAUUUGAUUGCAAGAGCAUCAACACAACACUUAAGUCUACAAGUUGUUUCCGCUUUCAAAUCAUUGUUCAUGGAAAUUAUUUAUCCACCAUUAAAAGCGCAAAUGUUGGAUGCAAUUUUCUUGAACGUUGAAUUGUGGAUUUACGGUGAUGAACACACUCAUGCAUGUGUUUAUACAACUGUUUUACAACUUCUAGAGAUGAGUGACAAUGAAACUAAGCUGUUUUUAGCGAAAUCAAUGACAUUUUCAAAGAUUUUGUCGUUGAUGAGAGUUUGUUUGUGGUCGAAAUACACUGAUCCUGAUAUUUGUUUGUUUGAUAAACCAAAGAUAAAUGCAGCAACGAAACAAGUUGAAGGGCAAAGGCCACAACAAAUAAGAACAGUUAGAAAUCCAAUAAGAGAUUUAGGAUACAAAGUUUCAACAAUUUAUUUCACAAAAGAAGAUGCAGAAAGAUUAUGUGUCAUGUCUUUUGAUUUAGAUGAUGAAGACUUGACAUUUGAUACUUUAUUCACUUUGUCAUAUAUGAUAAGGACAAAUAACCAAGUAUUAAUGCAGACAUUGAGAGAGAAAUUCAAAUUUGAAUCUUUCUUCCCAUUAAUUUUGUCGAAGAAUGACAGAAUAAGAGCAAUGUGUAUUCAUAUUUUUGUUUUAAUUGUUGAGAAAAAUCAACAAGAUUCUGAAUUGUUGUUAAAUCCUUUCUCAAUGGAUGAAUGGGUUCAUGGAAUAAUCUCAACAAUAUGCAUGGUAAAAAGCACAACAGUUUUCAGUGACAUUGCUGCUGGUUAUUUAUUUGGUUUGUUCAAUAAAAACGAACACCAAUUUUUGCCUCUAAUUUCAGUUGCAAAUGGUCAAAUGCCUGUAACGCAAAAAUUCACUUUUGCAAGAUUAUACAUGUUACCAAUCUUGAUAGAAAGUUUAUGCGAUCUACAAGCAGCGGAAGCUUCUCCUUAUUUCCUUGCAAUUGAUAAUGCUUUGAUGAACUGUUCACCUGACCAAUUAUCAUCUGUAAAUAUGUUAGAUCAUAACUUUAUACAGUAUAUAAUUCACAGGUUGCCAAGUUCAUCAACAAUUCCUGAUCAAUCUUGCAAUCUUUGUUUGGGUUGUUUAACAAGAUUAUAUGCUAUUUUCCCUGAUAUGUUACAACAAUUACCAAAUAUUAUUUAUUUGUUUGCAAGUAGAACAGGAAAUGAUUAUUCCCAUAUUUUAAGAUAUGUUUUCUCUAAUUUCAUGAACCAAAUUAUUUUACAAGGAAAGGCACAAACAAAGAUGACAUUAGGAUUUGUUUAUUCUGUCUUCAGAAUGAUUUUCGAGUUCAUGUUCAUUAUCCCUGAUACUGAUAAGUAUUUCGGAGUUUUCGGAAAAGAAACUAAAGAAACAAUUGCUAAUUUCCAGGAAUUACACAGAAUCAAAUUAUCCGGAUCUUCUCCAACAAUCAAACAAAGCUUUGGAGCAAGAAUUGAAGAGAAAGAUAAUGAUUACAUAUGGAUGGACGCACAAAUAGCAACAUUGUUCCUUAAAUCAUUGGUUGUAACUCCUUUGAUGUCAGCGAAAAUGAAUUAUAACACUGAAAGGUAUCUACAUCCUUUAGUUAUGUAUUCUUACACUUUGAGUUUCGCGUUGAGUUUGCCAAUUUAUUUCCAAAGUUUCUCUCAAUACAUAAAUCCUUUGAACUCCUUGUUUUCUGUUUCGAAGAAGCCAACUGGAUGUUUGGCUGAUGCUUUCGCUAUCUUGUUCACAGGUAUUUAUAAAUGUGCGAACAAGGCAGGUUUGACAUCACAAGCAACAAUGUUUUUGAUCCAAGAAAGUGAUGAUUUCAAGAGAGCAAUUUUUGAUUAUUUGAAUGUAAAAGUUCCUCAAGAUGUUGUUGCUUUGUUAAGCUAUGAUGAUAUGAACUUUAUUCACUUGUUAAUGGAGAAAACAGGUCAAUUGGAAACAGAUUUAUUGAAUUACGCUGACAGAUUAACGAAAUCAACGCAAAAAUCAUUGAUGAAUUUGGCCGACCAAAAUGAAAAAUUCUCUAGUCACUUUUCUAAUUUGAAUGUUUUCGAUUCAAGAACAAAAUUAGCGCAAAUGAACCAGCAGAUACAUUACCAGCUAUUAGAAUUCGCUUUGUCAUACAGAAACAGACAUGUUCAGUCAGGAAAAGCGUACAGACAAUUAUGGAGAUUCAUUUCAGGAGAAAACGGACCAUGGAGUCCUCCAAAUUCAAAACAAACUGUUCAUUACAAGAUCGAUCCAAGAAUUGGUCCAAUGUACACAAGACCAAGAAUGCGCCAGAACUACUCUUUCACAGAUCACAAAGAUGCAAGUAUCAUGAGAGAUGUCGGUAAGUUUGAAGACGCUGAAAAACAAUAUAAAGAACAUCUCAAAGAUUUGGCAAAAUCAGAAUUCGAUGGAGACAAAAGUGUCAUUACAAUGGACGCCGAAGUCAAUGAAGAAGCUGCCGCAAUUGAAGCACAAUCGAGUAUCCAAGACAACGUCAUUUUGAAGAUGAGAGGAAACUUGGUUACCAACAAAUGCGUCUACAAAGGAACAAUCAUCAUGUCAGUAACAAACUUGACAUUUGAAGGUUCUCCUGACAAACCGAAGUAUUUCAAGAUUCCUUUGACAACAAUAACAAGUGUAUUCUUGAGAAAGUACUUGUUAAUGGAUACAGCCAUUGAAGUAUUCACUGAUGAUGGACGCGCAAGAUUCCUCGAUUUCUUGCAGACACAAAGAAGUGAUUUCUUAAAAGCUCUCAAAACUUUGAAACUCCCAAACAUCAAAAUCCUUCAAAUGACACAGGCAGAAAUAACUCCUUACGUCAAAGAUGCGACAAAGAGAUGGAUGAAAGGAGAAUUAAGUAACUUCGAUUACUUGAUGCUCCUUAAUAUCUAUGCUGGAAGAACUUACAAUGACUUGGCUCAAUAUCCAAUUUUCCCAUGGGUUUUGAAGGAUUAUACUUCACCUGUUUUGGACUUAAACAAUCCAGAUGUUUACAGAGAUUUAAGUCUCCCUGUUGGCGCUUUAGAUCACAGAAGAUUGGACCCAUUAUUGGAGAGAUACAAAGAAGAACCAAGUGACAGCCCAAUGAAGUAUCUUUACGGCGCAUUUUACUCUUCUUCUGCUGUUGUUAUCGGUUAUUUGUUGAGAUUAGAACCUUUCACUUCACUUCACAUUGAAUUACAAAGUGGAAGAUUUGAUCACACAGAUAGAUUGUUCAACAGUAUUCCUAAGGCCUGGGACAGUGUGAAUUUCACACAAAUGGACUUCAGAGAGUUAAUCCCUGAAUUCUUUUAUUUCCCUGAUUUCCUUUUGAAUUCAAACGGUUUUGACUUAGGAAAGAACAUUCCAAACAAUGGAGAUGUUGAAUUACCAGCCUGGGCAUCAUCUCCACACGACUUCAUUGAGAAGAACAGAGCUGCUUUGGAAAGUCCUUUCGUCAGAGCUAAUUUGAACAGAUGGAUUGAUUUAAUCUUCGGUUUCCAGAGCAGAGGAAUUGAAGCUGAGAAAGCUUUGAAUGUUUUCUCACCUUACUUCUUCGAAACAGCAAUAACACCGAAGAUAACAGACACAGAACUCAAAUUCAUCCAAGAAUACGCGCUUUGUUUCGGCCAAGCUCCAACACAAUUGUUCACAACUCCUCAUCCACAAACAAAGGAUCUCUUGAAGCCAUUGUAUUCUCCUGCAAGUCCUGUUGGCAUUGUUCCUGCUUUGGGAGGCAAAACAACAUCAAUUGAUUGCGUAAACCAAACAUUAUGUGUCACACAAAACACAGGAGCAAUUUUCAGAUUCAAAUUGUCACCAGAUUCAUGCAAAGAAAUAUCUCGAAAUGCAUUUCCAUUCCAGUUAUGUACUUUACCUCCUGAUCCUGCUUCCAGUCCUUCUUUCCAGUCGCAAACGAGUUGUCCUCCUUUCGUUGUCACAACAACACAAAACAUCACGAUUUUCGCCCCUUCAUACGAUGCCAUUUUCACUGUUAUUGACAACAACUCAUUUUCAACAGGAAGGACACCAAAAACACUGUGGUCUUCGAGAAUCCACACGAAACCAAUUACUUCUAUUGCUGCCACGCAGAACUACUUCGUGACAGGAUCAGAUGACUGCACAGUUUGUUUGUGGCCUGUUUCGACAACAUUCAGUGAACCUUUGUUCUUCAACUCGAGACAUUCAUCUAAAAUCACUUGUGUUUCGAUUACAGAAGUUGCAAAAACUGUUGUUUCAUGCAGCUCUGAUGGAAGAAUAACAUCUGUUGGUUUGGAUGGAAGAAACAUCAGAUCAACAUUUGUUGAUGGUGUUCCUCAAUCUGUUUGUGUUUGUGAUGAUGGAUAUACUCUUGUAAACAGUGUCGUUGGAGAAGACAACGUUUUGACUGUUUUGGACAUCAACUUAGAGACAUGCAAAGUCAUUGAAACGAAGUCUGCUCUAUUUGCAACUGUUUUCUUCGUUGAUAGUGAUGGAGGACACAUCAUUGUUUACUCAGAUAAAAAUGGAGUUUCAAUUUUGAAGUCUCCUACUUAUGAAGAAAUUAAGCAUAUUCCAAUGAAUUCGGCUGCUACUUAUUUGACCACUAUUGAAAGCGGAAGAGCUAUACUUGCUGCUCUUGAAGAUGGAAGAAUUAGCUACUUCUAA